AUGGAAGUAAAAUGUCCACGUUGUUACAAGAUCACCGCGGUGCUCAGCCAUGCUCAGAUGGUGGUUACUUGGGUAGGCUGUUCAACAGUGUUGUGCCAGCCAACAGGAGGAAAGGUCAGACUCACAGAGGGGUGUUCUUCAUUGAGAAGAAAGCAACACUAA